CCGCGGCGCGUCGGCGCAGGGCGUGCGGACGGCCGGUGGCCCCGGGGCGCCCGUCCGGUGCCCGUCCGGGGCGCCCGUGCGGCGGGGGCCAUGGGCUCGUCCCCCGUCCCGGCGGUGCGGCUGGUGCGGAUGGGGCUGGUGCCGUACGGGGAGGCGCUGGCGCUGCAGGAGCGCUGGGUGCGGGCCGUGCGGGCCGGGGCGGCGCCGGGGGCCGGGGCCGGGGCCGGGGCCGGGGCCCUGCUGGUGGGGGAGCCGUCGGGCCCGGUGUACACGGUGGGGCUGCGCGGCGGGCUGAGCCCCGAGGAGCGGGCGCGGCUGCGGGCGCUGGGCGCCGAGGUGCGGGCGACGGGCCGCGGCGGGCUGGCCACCUUCCACGGCCCGGGCCAGCUGCUGUGCCACCCGCUGCUCGACCUGCGGCGGCUGGGGCUGCGGCUCCGCCAGCACGUGGCCGCCCUGGAGGCCUGCGCCCUCCGCCUCUGCCGCCGCCUCGGCCUGCCGCACGCCCGGCCUCUGCCCCCGCCCUACACCGGCGUCUGGCUCCGGGACCGCAAGCUCUGCGCCGUCGGAGUCCGGUGCGGAAGGCACGUCACGUCUCACGGGCUGGCUCUGAACUGCUGCACGGACCUGUCCUGGUUUAAGCACAUCGUGCCCUGUGGACUGGUGGGCCGGGGCGUCACCUCCCUCAGCGAAGAGCUCCAGAGACACGUCACAGUGGAGGAAGUCAUGGAGUCUUUCCUGGAGGCCUUUGAAGAGACUUACAGAUGCACCUUAACCUCCGAGGAAAGCGCGGGCGAAGGGGAUGUGGGGGACGGGUGAUGAUGCUGUGAUCUGGGCCCCGUUCGGAAUCUUCCUCCGAACUCGCCACGUCCCUGUUUGUUUUCCGAAACUCAUUCGGGUGCACUCGCAUCGUUUCUCGUUUGAUUGGGGAUCGUCACCGGUCGCGUCCGAGCGGUGGCCAGAUCUACUUUCGUUUCCAGAGUGGUCCGCGGGUCCAGCUUGGAAAGCGUUACCCUCUUCACUCGCAUGAUCGCCCCACUCUUUGGCCUGACUUUGGCGAGCCCGAAACAGGCGGGAGGCUCUCAUGAGGGGAAUUAAGUCAAACGGUAAGGGGAGCAGGAGAGAAAAGGAAAGGGGGAGGAAAGGAGGAAAGGAGAGGAGAAAGAAGAGAUGAGAGCACUCGAGACUGCUCGUUUUCCCAAGGCCUCUCCCAAGGGUUCGUUCCGAAGGCGCUCCCCGAAUUAGCUCACUGUGAGCGGGGAAUGUGUCCGCUGAUUCUGUUGUACUCUCCCCGGCGCUAGUGCAGCGUUGUGCACGUAGUAAACGCUCAAUAAAUACUCUCGGUUGGGUGAUUGAG